CUAUGCAGUGGCGCAAGAAGCAGCAGAAGCAGAAAGUGAGGUGCUGCUGGAAUAUCUGCCCUCAGAGCAGCGGGCAGACCUGGAUUACUACUGCGCCUUCAGAAAUGGACUGAAAUUAAAGCUACAGGAAGUCAUCUAAGCAGGGACCUGCCCUGUACCAGUGUGUGGUUGGGCGGGUGUGUGUGGCUCCAGUUCUCCUAAAUUCUGGGUUAAAAACACACACCCCCCCCCUUCAGGAUGUCUACGAAGGAGCGGCAGCGGCCGUGGUCUGUGUACAGGGCCUCUACGCUGGACAUUUCCUCAGAGAUGCUGAAUCUGGCACUGGCAGGGAACAGUCAGGAUCCGGAUGAGCCUGUGCUGGAGUUCAGCAUUGCCUGCAGUGAGCUGACUACUCCGAAUUUGGACCGUAAGCCAAACAGUUUUGUGUCUGUGAGCUGUACCACUCCUCCUCAGGCCUUCUGGACCAAACACGCACAAACGGAGAUAAUUGAGGGCACGGCUAAUCCCAUGUUUCUGAGCAGUGUGGCGUUCUUCCAGGACUCAAUGAUCAACCAGCAGACCCAGAUUAAAUUCUCUGUGUAUGACGUAAAAGAUCGCUCACAGGCCACGAUGUAUUUAUUAGGCUCAGCGAUGUUCCCAGUAAAAGAACUACUGCAGGACAAGAACCACACACUGCAGCUUCCACUCAGCUCAGCAGACAAUAAGCGUGUUGGCAAAAUCACAAUCACCGCCUGGCAGCUGGAGGAGAAGCGGGAACAGAGGGCACCGAUUGCCUGUUUACCCGGCACUAUCAAUGGCAGGACUGUUCUUGCUGUGGAUGAAAGUCUUACAGAAACGAUGGGAAUUCGAGCCAAAUACGCAUCUUUAAGUAAAGACACCUUUCUGCGAUCAGUGUUUGGGGGAACCAUGUCCCGGAUGUAUCGCUUUCCCACCACUGACGGGAAUCACCUGCGCAUUCUGGAGCAGAUGGCUGAGAGUGUGCUGUCGCUGAACGUUCCACGCCAGUUCCUCAAACUGCUGCUAGAUGAGGACGAAGCCAGGGUGUGUGAGCUGGAGGACUUGGGGGAGUUAUCUCCAUGCUGGGAGAAUCUGAGGAGGCAGAUAGUGACGCAGUACCAGAGCAACAUUCUCACCUAUCAGGAGACCCUCAGAGACCUGCAGGAUUAUAAAGGGCCGUUAUUUAAAGCGAGUAACCUGAAAGCAGAGAAGAAGCUGGAGUUUAUGCCGACUAACCUCCACGUGCAGAGGAUGAGAGUACAGGACGAGUCAGGCUUCGAUCACACCUACGAUGUGGUUACGAUCGGUGCUCCGGCAGCCCACUGUCUGGGCUUUAGGAACAGUGGUCUUCGCAAACUCAUCCAGAAAUUCGAGGAUACCAAGAAACACAUUUAUGAGGAGGAAUGCAGUUCUCUGACCAGCUCCCAGUCCAUCGUAUACAUCCCUCAGGACAUUGUCCAUGCCAAAGAGAUCAUCUCGCACAUCAACACUCUGAAGACUCAGGUCAGCUACUACGCUGAGCGCCUCUCCAGGGCCGCUAAAGAACGCUCUUCCAACGGCCUGGAGAGAACCCUCACCAUACUGGCAGAUAAGACACGACAGCUGGUGACUGUGUGCGACUGUAAGCUGCUGGCGUCAGCUGUGCAGGCCCUGAAUGCUGCCCGGCCCGAGUACAUCGCCUCCAAGAGCUCCCCAUCAGCCGACCUGGAGCACGUGGUGCUGCGGAAUGACCAGGACACACUGCUGGCCAAGUGGAGUGGUCGAAACAGUCGCUCUUCCUUACAUGUCGACUGGCACGAAGAGGAGUGGGAGAAGGUGUGGGUGAACGUGGAUAAGAGUCUGGAGUGUAUAAUUCACCGGGUGGAUAAGCUCCUGCAGAGAGAGCGGCUCCGCAGCAGUAGCAGCUCUGAGGACAUGUUCCAGACUGACCCGCAGGGCGGCGCCCCUAAGAAAGGUAACCUGAAGAACAGAUCAGCGUUCUGGAUUAAUCCUGCCUGCAUGGACCAGUGUCCCUCCCCCACCUCAGUGGACCAGCCUUCAUCUUUACCCUCAUCAUCAUCAUCUUCACUGUCAUCUCCAUCAUCAUCAUUUUCAUCACCUGCUGAUCUGAACCCUGCAUGCCCCCCUAAUGCAGAAACACAACUCUAUGGCAGUAGCAGCAGAGAGGAAAGCUACCCAGGCGAGUGGAGUGAGGCUCUGUAUCCCCUGCUGACGACGCUAACGGAGUGUGUAGCGAUGAUGAGUGAUAAGGCGAAAAAGUCGAUGGUGUUUCUGCUGAUGCAGGACCGAGCACCCACCAUCGCCAUGGACCUCAAUCUGCAGUACCGCAGAGACGUGGUCUUCUGUCAGACUCUCACAGCUCUUAUCUGUGGUUUUAUUAUUAAACUGAGGAACUGUCUCCGUGAUGAUGGCUUCCUGAGACAACUCUACACCAUUGGACUGCUUGCUCAGUUUGAGAGUUUACUAAGUACCUAUGGAGAGGAGCUGGCGAUGCUGGAGGAUAUGAGUAUAGGGAUUAUGGAUUUGAGGAACGUGACGUUUAAAGUGACUCAGGCAAUCUCUGCCUCGUCCCUGGACAUGCUGCCAGUCAUCACAGGAAAUCGUGACGGCUUCAACGUCCGCAUUCCUUUACCAGGCACCAUGUUUGAUGCGUUGCCGCGGGAGAUCCAGAACGGCAUGCUUCUGCGUGUACAACCAGUUCACUUUAACGUCGGCAUCAACGAACAGCAAACCCUCGCUGAAAAGUUUGGGGACACUUCUCUGCAGGAGCUCAUUAACAUUGAGAGUCUGGCUCGUCUGAAUUCAUACUAUGAGCAGUUCAAAGAGGUUUUACCAGAGGACUGUCUCCCUCGUUCCCGUAGUCAGACGUGUCUCCCUGAACUCUUGCGAUUCCUUGGUCAGAACGUUCACGCCAGGAAAAACAAGAACGUUGACAUUUUAUGGCAGGCUGCAGAGAUCUGCCGGCGGCUGAACGGAGUGCGUUUCACCAGCUGUAAGAGUGCAAAGGAUCGAACAGCCAUGUCAGUCACACUGGAGCAGUGUCUAAUUCUGCAACAUGAGCACGGCAUGGCCCCCCAGGUCUUUACCCAGGCCCUGGACUGCAUGCGCAGCAUUGGCACCAGGGAAGGGGUGACUCAGAAGAACCUGAGCGGUCUGCUGCCGGUGAGGGAGUUCAGACUGGACCCCAGUCUGCUGUACUCGCUGCCCCUGCUGGCCCUCAGCCCAAACCUGCUCAUCGUCUGGCUCUUCCUCAGCCUGGCCUACCUGCUAUCCAAACUCCGCUGCAGCUGAGCCACCACACCUCCUCUAACUUUCCACUAUCUCUCUCUCUCUCUCUCUCUCUCUAUCUAUCUUAAUCUAUCUAUCUCAUUUAAACAUACCUUCUCUCUUGUUUUUUUCUUCUCUUUGCAUUGUUUAUUCUAAUCCUUCACUACUGUUCAAAAGUUUGUAACAACUGCUUCAUAGACCCUAACUGAUUGCCAGUAGUUUCUGCAUUAGAAUUUAUAGAAAUAUAUGAAAAAUAAUUGAUCUAGGGUUCAAAGGGAUGCCAUGUACCUGCUUUAGAUCAUUAAACUGUUAUUUUUAUCCGUCUUAAGCAUUCGGAGAUCUCAGACCUGAAGCAAUAAUCCAAACAAGACCCACACAGUACCCCCAGCAGGUGGGGGUUAGUUUGUUUAAUUAUAUUUGAGUCUGGAAAAGUGAAACUUUAACUCUGUUAAAAUGACUUUAACUCAUAAACAGAUACUGCAUUUCAGUUUUUACACUGUUUGAAUUAAAGCUGAAAGUCUAUAAAUCUUGCUGUAAAAUACAGAAGAUAUAUUAAAAAUGUAUACCAGUAUUUUUAUUUGCUGGACUUCCUUGAAUUGAAUUUGAAACUGCACUGUAUAAUUUAUUUUAAUUUUAAUUAGUACCAAUUCUACAUUAUUAUUAAGUGAUUCCAAACCUUUGAACAGCAGUUUCUACAUGUUUUAUAAACCCUCUCUCUCUUUUUCUUUCUUUCUCUCUUUUUUCCUGUCCUUUGUGUUUCUUUCUCUCCUCUGUCUGCUGAAGAGAGUGUUUAUUGGCUACAUUUCCUCUGUGGCUCGCCUUUUUCAGCCAGUCUAAAGGUCUAUAUGCCUCCUGCAGUCACUCUCCUCUGCCUUACUUCCCGACUUUCUUAAAAUACUGAGGUGUGAAUUGCAAGAUUUGUAAAUGAACUUUGUGAAAUACAAUAUGUUAAAAAAAUGUUAAUUUAUUUUAGCUCUCAUCUUAAAGCUCUAUAUAUAUGGAUCUAUAUAUACAUAUAUAAAAUAUAGUUUAAUUUAAUAAGUAUUGGACAUUGAUACAAUUUAAUUUGUUUGUUAUUUAUAUAUUUAUUUAUUUAUGAGCACAUGCUAGAACAUGAUGGCAGUAUUGAAUACACUAUAUUAUUAUUGUGGAGUUUUUUUUGUUUUGUUUUGGGGUUUUUUAACCAUGUUUUACGGUUGAUUGAAUUUGUAUUAUGUCUUCCGUGUGUUCCUAUCCGUGACUGUAUAUAAGCAUAGACGCUGUGGUUCCACUUCCUACCAUUCCGCCGUGUUCCACCAUUGUAGAGACCAGAGGCGCAGCCGGACUCGCCUACUAAUUUGGUAGACCCAUCACUUUCAGACCAGAGACCAGAGCUGCUUUCCAAAAUCUAGGCUGUAGCUGAGAUUGGCUGUAUUUUUCACCCACUAUCCACAUAGACUAGGGGUUCUUAACCUAGGGGCUGCCACACCCAAAGAGGGUUAUCCUUUCACUGAAUCAGAUGACUUCACUCAUGCACUCUGUGCGGUUUCGAAUAAAUUUUUUUAGGUUUUUAGAAGGUAGAAAUGGGACAUAGAAUGCUGAAGAAAAUGAGCAGAAUUUCUUUAUAAAUCACAGUUUUCUGCAGUAACACUUAUCUAUAACACACAAUUACAGUUUUCAUCUUACUGUAGAAGAUGAUUUGUGACUGUCAAUAAGUGGUUUAACAAAUAUAAUUAUAAUUCUUGUAUUUUUAGAACGCAGUACUGCCAAUUAUUUGUAUUUAUGACCUUCAUAUACAGCUGAGAAAUGCAUUCCAUUUCUAGAUAAAUAAAACCAGAAUUAUCCAGAGGCAGAGCCAGUCUCGCCUACUCAGUUGGUGGAUCUGCCCCUUAUCCCAAACUCAGUGUCUCAGACUGCCUUCCUGGAGUUUACAGCAUAGCCUAAACGGCCAGAAACAGAGCAGAUUUUUGCCCUGGAUCUUCAGGCUGCUUUAUCAAUGAAACAUAUGGGUGUGGGUGGAACUACACUUCAUACUGCCACCAGUCAGCAGUGGUGCAUGUCCAGUAGUGGCUUCACUUUUGACAGAAGUUGUGAUGUCUAUGCUUUUAUACAGUUAUUGGUUUCUAUUUUAAUGCAGAGUUAAUGUUUUUAGCAAGAGCUCAUUUUAUCCAGCCUCUUGUUUGCAUCAGAAGUUGCUGCACUUUUCCAGCUCGUUUGGUUCUUGUCUUCCAAUCUACUUCCAUAAAAACGCCAGCGCACUUUUAAUGAUGCAGGUUUAAUAUGAAAAAAAAUGACUUAAGUAUUUAAGUCUGCAUUCUGUAAAUGAAAUUACGUUCAAAAUACACACAUGAAACCUUUCAGAAAAUUGAAAAAUUUAAUAAUAAUUAAAAACAUUUGAAUAUUAACAAUUUUUCAGAUCCAUAAAUUAAAAUUAAUCCAUAAGAUGUUCACCAUUUUGACCUUAAUUCGUAUUCGUAUAUAAGACUUAAUUUUUUUUUUUUAUGAAUCAGACUUUAUCAAGUUAUUCUUUGCAAAUUUUACUACCCAAAAAAGCAUUAAAUUAAAAUUGUAAUUUAUGAAAUAUUCCAUCAAAUGUUUAUUGUUAGGUCAGUUUAAUUUACAGGUUCAAAAUGCAGAUUUAAAUACUUAAAUCAGCUUUUAAGCUCCAUAGCUUGCUCCUGCUCGUAAGAAGAAAUUAAUUUAGACUAUAUGGGAUUGUACUUUAGGUAAGGUGAAGCUGAUUAUGCAGUAAAUAUAGCUACAUAUUUUUAAAUAUGAUUAUUUUUCUUAGCCAGAAUUGUGAAGAGAAACAUUUUGAACAGAUUUUUUCUGAUGAGUUUUAAAUAGGUUAAUUGCAGUAGGGGUUGUUGUAGUGUUUGAAAGUAUUGAAUCUGUAUAUUUUUUGAUGGGGUGUUUUAGAAGGUGUGAGCCUAAAUAUGUUGCUUUAAAUUAAUGCAAAUUAUGCAGGAGCUGUAUGGCGAAUGUAUCUGCUAGUGCCAAAUAUAAGAUUAUUGUGUUGCUUUCUUUGUGCCAUAUGAUUCAGGUCCUGAAGGGUCAGAGCUCUUCCUUGGGUUUCCCAGCUCUGUUUUUUCAGAUAGUCUUUAUUAUUUUAAUUUAUAUUCACAUUUAGUUUGCUUACAGAUCUAAGUGUCAAAUAUUUCUUAUUUUGUGCCAAAAGAGAAGAUUAUUUUUGUGCAAUUUAUUAUCUGUCCAUCUCCGCAUGUCGGCCUGGUACAUAUGUCUAGCUGAUUAAAGAUGUGUACUUUAAUGACCCGUUUUUUUUAGGGAUGCACCAAUUAUUAUUUAUUUAUUUAUUUAUUUAUUUAUUUAUUUUUUUACAAAAAUCAAUAUUGAACAAAAUGAAACAUUUGGUCAGAGGCCAAAUACUGAAUGCAAUAUUUCACAUUUCACACCGGAUAUACAGCUAUUUUACCCUAUGGUAACAUUUGUGGAUCUAAGGCUUUGUCACUUUAUUUAACUAUGCCAAGACUAUGGCUUAGUUUCUUUCUGGGACCUAAUGAAAAAAUUAUUAAUUUUCAGAUAAUAAGCCAGAUUUAUAUGGCACUGACAAUAUAUGCAGUAUAAAUAGUUUUUAUGCAGUAACUAAUAUUUAAGCCUUUUGUUCUUGGAUGGAUAAUCUUAACAGUCUUUGCUCAUGAUAGAAGCUGUUAUGUAUGAAGUAUCUGUUAAUCAGUUUAUUCCUAAAGAAAGAUUCCUGAGCUACCUCUAGUUUGACUGAAGGGUGAAUAGAGUGAAUCGUUACGAGAGAGGCUGAAAAAACACAGGACAGACAUGUAUUGUCUAGUGUAAAGUCUUUGAAUGGGUCUGUGUGUUCUGGAUUAGCUGUAAUAAGACAGUGGAGUGUUUUGAAAAGCAUCGCUCUCCCCCACCGUGACCUCUGCAGUUGUAUAGUGCGUGUUCCUGCAUGUGGAGUAGGUUUGUGCAGUGGUGGACUGGAGCGCACCCUGGUGGUGGAACAGUCAUUAGCACCUAUGCUCUGACUUUAAGAUGACCGAGAGGCUUCUGUUAUACAGUUAGGGCUUCUGUUAUACAGUUAGGGCUGGACAGUAAUUCAAUAUCUAUAUAAACUGCUAUAGAAAAUGUUUCAAAAACACAUUUCUGGCAUCUCAGUAAACAGCAGUGUUUCUUAAAAAAAACACUGUAAUAGUGAUAAAAUUAGUAAAAUAAAAGUUCUAUCCAGUCAGUGGGAUCUGACGUGAAAAAAAAACAGAUCCAGAAACCAAGAGCUCUUUGAGCUUCCAGUACAGCUUGGCUUAAACCACCAACCUUCAAAACCCACAGAAAGAUUUUCUCUGUCCUGGCACCAAGGUGGUGGAACAAAAUUCCAAUCAGUGUCCAAACAAGUCGCUUGCUUUGUCUUCAAACACAGAAUAAUGCUGCCCUCAAAUCUGGAAUUUACUAUAUGAGAGCACAUUAAUGCCACCACAACCUCGUAUUUACCAGUGAGAAGUUCUGAUUUUUAAAUAACCCCAAGUUUCCCAGUUGGGGACCUGUCAGUAACAUAAUGUCAUGGCAGCUGCCAGUAUGAAUCCCGCUCCUACAGUAAACUGUAAAAACUUUAAGCUUAUUAGCAAUAGUUUUAAGCUGUACAGGUAAAAAAAAAAAAAGUAAAAGUCUGGUAUGAUUCAUGGUUCUAAUGGGAUAAAAAACAUCACUCAACAAAUGUGUGUCUCAUUUGCUUUAUUCUCUUGGAGUAUGCCAAAAUAAACCUCCUGUUUUUUUUUAUAAUAAUAUACCAAAUAUAUAAACAAAAUAAUUUUCCUAAUGGCGUCCAUUUCCACACAAACAAAAACACUCAAACACAUGUCAAGUGGUAAUUAUGACCUCCAACCUCGUAAUAGGAAUUACCGAGGAAGACUUGAAGGCAGCAUAAAGGCCCGUCUUUUCACAGAGUUCCUAAGUUAGCAGUUAUUUUUGAGGUAUCCAUAUAGACUUUAUUUAGAAUCUAGUCUGAUGUAUCUUUUAAUUCUAUCCUCUACAAACUAGGUAAAGAGGUUUUUUAUGCAGAAGAGACACAUCUAGUACAUGUGCACAGUGACAUUUUGUACAGUUUGGAUAUUGACGUUCUAAUGAAGGCUUUUAGUAGCACCAAUAAGAGGAAGGCCAGGUUUGGGGUUUAGUGAAACACCUGGUUCAGUUUGGCUGCACAGAGACGGUAGGACAGUGGUUUGUUCUCUAUGUUAAUUAGCUUGUGUAUAAGUGGAUUCUCUGUGUGUUGUAUUUGUAGCCCAUAUUGUGCAGCCCUUGGUGUGAAGAUUUGGGCACAGGAACAGCUGACAGUGUUGAAUCAGGGGUUAUGAUGUAAAUAAUAUGCAUUUUAUAUUUCUUCCACUGACAUGCAGCCAGUCCAGUUUGACUGACAGAUUUCUCAAAAGCAGCAUGUGUCAAGAUUUGUUUCUUUUGAGAUAAGCGGGUAUUGGUAUUAGUCCUGUCACAACAAUCUUGUUAUUGAUUUAUGGUACAGUAUUUGGCAAUUUCUCAAUAAAUUCUGCUGACCUUAAUAGUUCCUAUUGUGUUUACUAAGCAAGAAGCAAGAACAGCCCAGUAAUGUGAGCCAAAUUUGCCAAAUGUCAGUGGUUUAUUUUACUGAUGGUUCAUUUAUUUAGGAUGUUUGAACAUUUUAUUUAGUUUUUUUAUUCAAUUAGAUUUUUUAAAUAAAAAAAUAUAAAUAAUUAAAAAUACAAUUUACCAUGACCAAUCUUGUUUCAAAUGGUCUUGAAAGGACAAUAUUAUUAUUUAUCGCAAUUAUUUCUGGGACAAUAUGUUAUCCAAGAAAUUGGUUAUUGUGUCAGGCCUAAUAAUAAUAAUAAUAUAAGGGUAUAAUAUCAUUGUAAUACUUUUAGCAGUUUCAUAUUUUUUUAAAUAAUGGUUGUUUAUUUUCAGUUUAAUUGCUAAUAUUAGAAGCAAAUGAAUGUCCAUUAGUUAAAAGUUGGAGGUAUAUUUGUUUAUUUGCUGUUAUUUGUUUAUGUGAUGUUAUUGAGAAAUGUGGCAAGUGAGAAGUGUAGCAAGUUGUGCUCCCAUCCUAAUUCUCCUAAAUAGAAACCAGAGUGCAGCUUUUGCUGUUGAAAAUCACAUUUUACUAUUUCACACUCUAUUUCCACUAUUUACCCAUUGAGAAACUGUAAGGUAUUAAGAGAAAUUAGAAGAUAAUAGAACAUGUUGGGAAAUAUGAAAGAUAUUGGAAGAAAGUGGGAAAUAUCAGAAGGAAAUGGGAGAUAAAGGGAGAAAUUUUGAUAUAUUGGGAGAGGAUGGGGAAAUACUGCAUUGGCUCAUACUUUUUUCAGCUUGUUGUUGCUCCUGCUCAUUUAUUUACCUUUUCUUUUUUUCUUUCAUUUGUAUGGACCAUUCAUCCCAUUCAUAGCUUAUCCAGUCCCACUUUCACUGUCCGCACGGGAUGUAAUGAUUUUGAAUUCCUCUCAGUGUGAUGCAUUGUUAUCUCGAUUCAAUUCAAAACAGCAACAUUAAAAGUACUUUAAUUUUGUAUUUAAUCAAACCGCUUGCAAUGUUGUAGCUGUCCUGAUGCUCUAGACACUAAUGUGUUAUUCUUAAAUUCGUUCAUAAUUUGUAUGAAUGAUUCGUAUAUUUAUUGUUACAUCUCUAAUGUCCACCUACA